GGUCUGACAUGAUUAACAGGGAAAUGCACCAAUAGAGUGCACCGUGCGUCUCUAUAAGCCAAUGACAGCGCGCGAGCUCAUUCUGUGCCGUUUGUCAGCAGGGAGGGUGGAUACUACAUGUUUUAAAAACGCUUGAAAUGUCCUGAGUUUAGCACGCAAAUUCUUCGGAUGCCACCAAACAGUGAGCAAGUACACACCCAUCGAGAGCUCAAUGAGUAAUGAACCCAUUUUGGAGCAUGUCAACAAACGCUGGUCGUAAGAGAUCUGACGGUGAGGAGCAGGGUGGUCCAGGGGAGCAGAGAUCCAGUCCAGCUCGUCCUCCUUUUGGUAAAAAGCAGCUUCCCUCCAUCCCGAAGAAUGCCGUCCCCAUCACUAAAGCCGCCUCGCCGGCCUCGUCUACACAGUCUGCCAAUGGCACCCAUGCCUCAUACGGCCCUUUCUACCUGGAGUACUCGCUGCUCGCCGAGUUCACAUUGGUGAUCAAGCAGAAGCUCCCUGGCAUCUAUGUACAGCCUUCAUACAGAUCAGCACUAAUGUGGUUUGGUGUGAUUUUCAUUCGACACGGCUUGUACCAAGAUGGUGUGUUUAAGUUCACUGUCUACAUUCCUGAUAACUACCCAGAUGGAGACUGUCCUAGGGUUGUUUUCGACACCCCAGUUUUCCACCCACUAGUGGACCCGGUCUCUGGAGAGCUGGAUGUGAGGAGAGCUUUCACCAAAUGGAGGCGAAACCACAAUCAUAUCUGGCAGGUCCUUAUGUACGCCCGCACAAUCUUCUAUAAGAUCAACACCAUGGAUCCACUCAACCCAGAGGCUGCAGUGCUGUAUGACAAAGACAUUCAGCUAUUCAAAAGCAAGGUGGUAGACAGUGUCAAGCUAUGCAAUAGUCACCUGUUUGAUCAGCCCAAGAUAGAUGACCCUUAUGCAAUAAGCUUCUCUCCGUGGAAUCCAGCGGUGCAUGAAGAGGCGAAAGAGAAGAUGUUUGCACAUAAACGGCGGCCAGAGGAUUAUAACAAGGGACUGCCGGUGUCUGGGCUGUCUUGGGUGAAGCCUGGUUCCACUCAGCCCUUCAGCAAAGAGGACAACCCCCUUCAGACGUGAAGAUUCAUCGCUUCUGUCUGUCCACCAGGAGGGGCGCUACACCACUGUGGCUGCGUUGAACCACAUGUAUAGAAUUCUGAUGCAGUUCUAUGAACUUCAUCUUCAUUCGCAAAACCCUCGCUCAGCUUUAAAGAAACUGUUUUAAACUGCUAUAAUGGCUUGAAUUAUAGACAUGUUCCCAGUAUAGAUCUAAAGACCCCGCUCGUUCACUUCAGUGCUGAGGCUCGAACGCACAGACGGCACAGAGAUGGUUCUAGUCAGUACUGUUACUUGCACAUGUUAAUGUUUUCAGGCACAACAAACCACCUCACUUAUUUGUGUAGGUCAUGCUCUUCUAAUUGAUAAACUUGGUUUUCAAACUAAUAAUUUGGAUGUAAUAAAAUUUUUUCCCAUUAUUUUUUCCUUUCCCUACAAACUUGGUUAAUACGUUUUAAUUUCAAACAUACAUUUGCAGACUGGGACAGAAUGCUUUGAUUUUAUGUCUUGAUGUAUUUGGGUUGAGGUCGUUUUUUGUGUGUAAUAUUCUGUGUAUGAAAUAGUUCAUGUAAAAUGCAGAGCAAGACAAAUACUAUUCAUUAAGACACUGUUAAUCCUUAUUGUUCAGUAAUGUUAUUCACUUUUAUUGUGUCCUAACGGUUUGCUCUAAAUGGGUUUGAUGUGUAAAUAGUGGAGCAGUUCAAUUAAAUGAAUGGCCUCUAUAGAGUCCAUAGCUCAUUUAUUUAUCUAGAAAUAUAUGAUGGUUUAAAUUUUAGAAACUUGCUUUUUUUUUUUUUUUUGGACCGUUUCAGUAAGUAUACUGAUGUGAGUUCAGCUGUGUAAGUAAUGUUUUUUUUUUUUUAAACUGUUAUAAGCAAAUAAAUGCAUAAAUCAUGAAACUGCUCUGAUUUUGUAUUUAGU